UUCUCUUCACAUCAACCAAUAUCAUCACACGUGAUAAGAACCUUUUUUCUCUUCUUCUUCUUUUUUGUCCUUUUCCUUGUUUUCUUUCCCAGAAGAGCGAAGAAGAAGAAAGCUCAUCAAGACCGAUCUCGUAGACUUUUUGUCUCUGUCCAAAAUCCAGGAAGAAACUUUUCUAGCUUAAAAAAGGGUCAAUCUUGUAGAUUCUUUAGCUUCUUGACAAUGGAUUCUUUAAAGAACAGAACAUUGCUAAAGGUCAUUGUCCUCGGAGAUAGCGGGGUAGGCAAAACUUCAUUGAUGAACCAAUACGUAUACAAGAAAUUUAACCGGCAAUACAAGGCCACGAUAGGAGCAGAUUUCGUCACCAAGGAGCUUCAUAUUGAAGAAAAACCUGUCACUUUACAAAUAUGGGAUACUGCAGGACAAGAGAGAUUUCACAGUCUAGGAUCAGCAUUCUAUAGAGGUGCUGAUUGUUGUGUUCUUGUAUACGACGUGAACAACCUCAAAUCUUUCGAAACUCUCAAUACUUGGCACACGGAGUUCCUCAAACAGGCAAAUCCUAUGGAACCUGAGACAUUUCCAUUUGUUCUGAUUGGGAACAAAACCGAUGUAGAUGGCGGAAACAGCCGAGUUGUUGCGAAUAAGAGAGCCAUCGAAUGGUGUGGCUCAAAGGGGAACAUACCGUACCAUGAAACCUCUGCAAAGGAAGAUAUCAAUGUCGACGAAGCUUUUUUGGGCGUUGCACACAAAGCUCUCACCAAUGAACAUAAACAAGACAACAUAUACUUCAGAGACAUGUCUAUAUCUGUCAGAGAUAUUCUUGAGGAUCAGCCAAGAGGUUGUGCUUGCUGAUUCAUAUUUAACAAAUCUGAUCAAUAAUAUCGAUUCCCUGAUCUUUU